AGCGAGCUUGGGAGGGAUUGACAGCCGGACAGUAACGCUUCUAGUUUAGCUAGUUUACUACCUGCCUUUUUAUUUUUUAAAUGAGUGCUCAACCAAGCAAGGUAGCCUGAAUUGUUGCUUGGCAUGCGAGCAGCAUAGAUACCUUUCAAUAUCUCAAAUCGGAAAUCCACUGUGCCCAAGUAGCUAAACGACUGGUGAGGCUGUGAGCGAGAAGUGUGAGAGACAGAAAGAGAGAGAGAGAGAGAGAGAGAGAGAGGAGUGGUCGUCAUGGCAGCUGAGGCGCAGAGACAGCGUUCUCUCUCUACGUCAGGAGACUCGCUCUACCUGGUCCUGGGGAUCGACAAGAACGCCACGCCAGAGGACAUCAAGAAGUCCUACAGGAAACUGGCUCUGAAGUUCCACCCAGACAAGAACCCAGACAACCCAGAGGCUGCUGAUAAGUUUAAGGAGAUCAACAACGCCCACGCCAUCCUGAACGACUGUACCAAGAGGAACAUCUAUGAUAAGUACGGCUCCCUGGGACUCUACGUGGCCGAACAGUUUGGAGAGGAGAACGUCAACACCUACUUUGUCCUCUCCUCCUGGUGGGCUAAGGGCCUGUUCAUCUUCUGUGGCUUGGCGACUGGCUGCUACUUCUGCUGUUGUUUGUGCUGCUGCUGUAACUGCUGCUGUGGGAAGUGUAAACCGCGGCCGCCCAUGGACCAGGAACCAGAGUUCUACGUCUCCCCUGAAGACCUGGAGGCACAGAUGCAGUCUGACGAGAGAGACGUUGGUGGUGACCCCAUCAUGGUGCAGCCGUCCGGAACAGAGACCACCAGGCUGACGUCAGACAGCCACUCCAGCUACCGGACCGACACUGGAUACAACUAAACCCCCCGUACUCCUACCUAUACCCCUAACCCCCCUACACCCCCCCGUACCCCUACACGACUCGGUCCUGCCAGAGAGAAGGUUUCUGUUACUUUGACUGCCACUUGAAAUAUUAGCCUGGUAUUAUCAACAACACCCCAUUUCACUCUGACACACGCAUAAUUCCCACCAGCACCUCUAUCCACCAGCCUCUCAAUCUCCUCUAUCCACCAGCCUCUCCAUCUCCUCUAUCCACCAGCCUCUCCA